AGCGGCCCGGGAGCGCGGCCAUGGCGGAGCCGCUGCGCCCGUUCCGCCUGCGCGGCUGCGGCAGCCCGCGGAAGUUCGGGGUGGCGGCCGGGAGCCUGCGCGGGCUCCUGCGGAAGGGCUGCCGGCUGCUGCAGCUUCCCUUGGCAGGCAGCCGGCUCUGCCUCUACGAGGACGGGACGGAGCUGAGCGAGAGCUACUUCCGCGCCUUGCCGCCGAACACCGAGCUGGUGCUGCUGGGCCCCGGAGAGACCUGGCGGGGCUGUGCCAGCGACAUCGCGGGGCUCCUGGCCGCGUUCUCGGGGCAGCAGGCGGCCGUGGUGGCGGCGGCGCGGGCGCUGCUCUCCGGAGAGCGGGCCCCCGGCAGGCAGAGGCUGCUGGCGGAUCUGAUCCACAACCUGAGCGGAAACAUCCUGGCUGAGGACAAGGGGGACGACGAGAAGUGGUUCGAAGGUCUCCAGUCUCGUUUUAAGAACAAAUCGAGCUACCUGCGAUACAGUUGCGAAAGCAGAAUACGAGGCUACAUGAAAGAGGUUAGCAGUUUUAUUUCACAUGUUGAUCCUACAGCAAGAGACGCAUAUAAAGGGAUAACGGACCUGAUGUCAGACAAGCUGAAGUCUGUGAAGUACAACGGGUGCUACUUUGACAGGAGGGAGGCGGCGGCGGCGCGGCUGUGCACGGCGGAGGGCUGGUUCUCCUGCCAGGUCGGUGCCGGACGGCCGUGGUGCGGCGGCAGCAGCGGGGCUGGCGGCAGCACGAGGGAAGGAGGCAGUUACGGGCUGUGUGUGGCGUGGGAUCGGGUCUGGCAGGGCGGCAGUGUCACAGCUGCCCGUGGUGAGGGCCAGCAGAAGGGCUGCGCUGGUGACGAGCGUUGUACCCUCACUGCAGCCGUCGUGUUUUACAGGGGCCUUUCGACAGCGCUGACUGCCCGUGCAAGCAUUCCAUCAACCCCUACAGCAACAGGGAAAGCAGAAUCCUCUUCAGCACCUGGAAUCUCGAUCACGUGUACGUAUCAAGUAUUAAUCCAGACCUACCUGUUCCGUGCUCCUCUUAGGCAGGCGAGGCGUCCUGAAGACAGAUCUCAGUGUUGUCCCUCAUUCCUGCUUUGCCUCUGUUCGGGUUUUCUUAGUGCGGAAGCGCACCCGUCCUCGCGUUAAUCCUUUGUGGAGACUCUGACAAAACCCCUCAGACCCGUUUUCAGGCAUUGUGCAUUUGGGAAGCAAACAUAAUAUGCUGAACUGAUUUCCUCCUAAACCUAGUUAUGGUGAAAGGAUUCAAAUUCUGCCUAAAAGGAAGAUAGAGACUUGAUUAUUACGAAAAAGCCUUUUGAUGGCAAUAUUGUUUUCUCUUUUGUGUACUGAAGAAUAGAGAAGAAACGUGCUGUCAUCCCAGAGCUGGCAGAAGCUGUCAAAACACGAGCUGGAAGGGAGGUGAACUGGGAGUACUUCUAUCAGCUGCUGUUUACCGUGGAGAAUUUAAAACUUGUACAUAUUGCUUGCCAUAAGAAAACCAAUCAUAAUCUCAGCUGUGACAAAACUAAAAUUUACAGAGAAAGGAAGCAAAACCACAAGAUUUUAUAGUGCUACCUCUGAAGUGACUUGUGCUUUUUUAAAACUAACAUCACGUGGUAUGAUUCUUAAAUAGCUCUAGUUUGUUAAACAAAAACUGAUUUAGGAGUCCCUGGCAAAAGAGACUUGCUAAGUAAUUCAAGUGCAGCCUCACAAAGCGUGUGCUUGUGUGGCUCCCCGUUCUGCUGUCCCGCCCCCCCGCUGACCGCAGCCGAUCGCACUGCGCAGCGCCGGGAAACACAGCUGGAGCCAGCGCAGAGAUGAGGCCGGAGCCGCCCGUCACGCCCUGUGAUCGCUUUCUUGCCGUGAGGAAUGUAGGUCCAAAUCUCACAGUACAGAGAAAUGAAACUCAGACAUUUCUUAAAAACUGACCCCAGGGGACUUGCGGAUUCCGGUUUCUUGGUGCUGCGUUGGGUGCGCGUCUCCCGGCAGGGAGGCCGGGCCGUGGCACGUCUUUGCUUUACCACCUUUGCUCUCUGCCAGCUUCCCCGGUGCUUUCCCUCUCCUUUCAGAGAGCUUCUGCCUCUUUCGCUUGAGUUUGCUUAAGAAAUACAAGCCAAGUUACCGUAUAAUGAUCAUGUUUACUUGGUGCUUUAGAGAAUAUUGCUCUGCAAAACACUUCUACCUCAGGUAACAAAAUGCAAACAGAUCAGUUUUUACUUGAUUUCUUUUUAAAUAUCAGCCGAUAGAAACUGAACUUUUAGUGACUAUCAGUGUAAAUUAUGUGAUUUUUUUUUAAAUAAAAAAAUUAGCACCA